AUGAUAGAUCGUCCGAAACUCCUUCUGGGUCACUUGACUGUGUGGGAGACCCGGAGAGACACUCGUGGAUCUCUUGAGUGCAGCGGGUUACGUGACGCUGUUGCUGUCACGGGGCGAAAGAGAUAUUACUUACACACUACCAACAAGGCUGAUAUGAAACUAGCAAAGAAUACUAGCAACGCUUGUGAUCCUCUCCAGAAAGCCUGUGUUAUUGUAAACCACCUGUUUGGCCGACGCUACCGUUCCUGUCAGUCGCUUGUUCCCCGUUCUAGGUCAGCAAAGACACCGUUCUUGAACCAUCUGGGCAAGUGCAUGGGCUUUGUGACGUGCCAACCCGUUCGUCCAAUCCAAGUUACCGAAAGACAGGUCAUCAUACCUCAUGCUCCUACCACCACUGCUAUCCUUUUCGCUCUCACUUAUAUACAGUCUCUGGAGGUCGACCUUCAAAUCCUGACCACCCUAAAUCUUCUCUCUCGGGCAGUCCGGUGGAGUCUUGUCCAUUACAACAGUGUUGGGGAGCCUCGCCUUAAUUCCAUGACCAUUGGUGUUGUUAGCAAGAGGAGCAAGAGAGAGCGCGCCGGGGCAAGAGCAGGGGGUGCCACAACGAAGGCAUCAUGCGGGCACCACGUGAACCCGGGGGUAUAUAUAAGGCGGUAUCCGAGUCGUCCAAACCCCAGUAGGACUUUCGAAUGGUGUGAGCGGUCUCGAAGGGCACUCUUGGUGGUUCUGCUCGUCUGUCCAUCCUUCCAUCCCCCGCCGCAGACAGCCACAGCCCGCCGCCAUCACAUCAGCCACGAGAAACGGCGCACGAACCAGAAGGGAACAUCUGUCCACAAGAGAGAAAAAGCUUGCGCUUCUGUAACAUCACUUGUUUCCCGUCGUCACAGAAAGUCUUGUGCCACCGUCAUGAGAACCACAACCAUCACAUGCAUUCUUGCCACCUGCUGCCUCGCCCUCCUCAUGCAGUGGGCGGCAGCAGCUCCCAGGUGUAAGAUCCACGACCGCCCGUCACACGACAACUGCAAAUACGGCACGGCGAGGGACUGGUGUCGGAACACGGUCUGUGCUAAGGGACCGGGGGAGUCCUGCGGAGGCUACAGGUGGGAGAACGGAAAGUGCGGCCUCGGAAUGAUAUGCUCCUGCGGGCGGUGCUCCGGCUGCUCCAUCAUCGACGGCACGUGCUCGCCCCACUCGAUGGUCUGCGUCUCGAAUUAGGUCUCGAGAAGAUGCCAAGGAGAGGAGCGAGGGAGCAGCAGGGCCUCCAGGACCACGACAACGUUUCCGGCAGGCGCGCGACCGCCCAACUCUCGGUUUGCCUCGAGUCGACGGCGCUUCCAACUUUACCGGAGAGUGAAAAGGCGUCUACUUUAGUUUAUAUAUUGUUGCAUGUUACAUAUAUGCGCUUGUGAUAUAUUAAGUACAAAUAUUAUUAUAAGAGUUGUACGGGGUAUAUAGCAACGUAGUUAAGACAGUAGACCCGGCGGGAGCACCUUGCCCGUCCUUCCCCUCGUGGGUUGGCCAGCUGCAGAAAGACUGCUGUUCCUCUCUCUCUUUUCUCUCUCUCUCUCUCUCUCUCUCUCUCUCUCUCUCUCUCUCUCUCUCUCUCUCUCUCUCUCUCUCUCUCUUUCUUGUUUUCCUUCUCACCUGUUUCCAUUUUCUUCCUCUUCUUCUCUCCUUCCUUCGAUCUUUCCCUCCCCAAGUCUGUCCCUCAGCCUUCCUUACCGGCCAGGCCCUUUCUGGCACCUCCUCUGCAGGUUAUUCCAUAGUUUUAUGCAUCACUGCCUGACAAUGCAAUGCUCUGAGAGCGAAUUAUGUCAGUGAGGUUCGGCGUUCGAGCCCCAAGCUUUAAGUUUAUUUUACGUUGUCUCAAGUGUAUAAUGGUAUAUGCGUAUCGUAGUGGAAUUCUACUUGUUAGGACCACCAUUGUGAUCACACUAUCACUAACAAUUUUGUUUCGCUAUGACUAAAAGCUGUAAUGUUCAGAAACAGCUGUAGUUGAUGAAUAGGCCUGACAACUCUUUUCUCAUGUCAACACUCUCCUUCCCCCCAAAAACGAGUAAUUUAUUACUAAACGGUAACACCAUCAUUGUCUCAUUCAUACAUCGAUUUCGUAAGAUUUUCCUUGGAGUACCUCUUCCCAAGUUCCUCAUGUCUGUAUUCUUUGUGCACCUUUCCAUUUAGGUUUUGCUGCAUACUUAUUGGUUUCUUGGAGACUCUGUUGUUUAACUGUACAAACUGAACGACCUUCUCUGACAUAUAUUUAUCAUGUUCUUUGUAUAACUGUAGGCUACACGACUUAGAUGAUUUUCGUGAAUGAACGAUUUUCAUGAAUGAACACCAUCACAAGGAGGGUUCUUGUCCAUCCUAUGCCCCGGCCCUCUGUGAUCAUUGAGCAGAAGAAUGAAAUAUUGUGAAAUAUUUCCUAUGUUGUACCAUUGUAAGCAGGGGUCAUGUACAUGUUCCCGGGAUCGAAACAUACGAUUCGUUCGAGAUAUCUCUUGUCAUCAUUCAAAACAAACAAACAAACCAAUAAACGGCUGAAGCGACACCUUCUAUCAUCAUUUAGACAACAGAAAAAUCCACCAUUUAUAAUUCAACACAUCCAAAAAAAAGGCAAAAAGUCGUGUAUGUCUUUCUGAAAUAUCAACAACAAAAAAAUGAUCAAUAAAAACAUCCUCUACGAAUCUCGAACGAAUCUCAUGUACAUUCAAAGGCGACCAGAGAAGGACCUGGCGAGUCAAGCAUUCUGACCAAGCAUCCAUGUACCUGAUUCCUACCUGUGGUUCCUCUGUGUAGCGGCCAGACCUGUUGGUGUGGCUCCUUGGCACAAUAAAGACCGCAAAUCAGUCCA